AAUAAACUAAGGAGAAUAUUAAUUUUAAUGUUGGAUGCCUGACAGUACUAUGGAUAUCUGUACACGCAUUGGAUGCCACAAGUCAUAAGAGAUAAAGUAGACGAGUACACGAACUGUGAAGACCUUGCAAUGAAUUUCUUGGUUUCCCAUAUCACAAGAAAACCCCCGAUUAAGGUGACCUCCCUCUGGCAGUUCCCUUGCCAAGACUGUUCUGGCUCACUGUGGUAUGACAAAAAGCACUUCUCUGAGCGACACAAAUGUUUGAAUUUCUUUGUGGAGGUGUAUGGCUAUAUGCCGCUGUUGAGGACGCAGUUCAGAGCAGUUUCUUUACUGUUUAAAACAGAAGUGCCAAGACCGAAAUCACAGUGUUACAAGAAUGUUUAAUGAGUAUCAAUAUUAAAUUUCUUUUUUGGAGGAUUAUUGCAAACUAAUUUCUGACACAAACUUGUUUCAUAAAUAAACGACCGGUUGUUAUGGACUAAA